AUGGCUCCACCCCCGCCUCCUCACUACCCUUACUACUACCCCAACCGUCAUGGAGCGUACAGACGUACUCGUCAAGCAGCAGGCAGAUCCCCCGUGGGUCUCCGAAAUGACCGACGUCCCAAAGCGCGACUCGAUAACCACAAGAAGAAGACCGCCCAGCACCACGACGGAGAGAAGAAGGCCAAGCCCAAGUCCGAUACCAUUAUCAUCCGAAUUGCAAGCAAUGUCGGUGGCGAUAUUCCCAAGCUCUCAGACCCGGAGCCCUUCGAUUCCAACCCCUUUGUGAAUCUCACAAACUACAUGCAUUCCCCCACCUAUUACCCCACCCCCAUGGCUGGUCGGAUCAAUGAUCACUGCUGGCGAUCGGCGUUUCUCAAGGCCAAGGCGUUUGUCACCCAACUCACGAACGAAGAGAAGGCUAACCUGACCACUGACUUCAGCACUGCAGAUUCCCCUUGGUAUGGCGAGACUGGCGAGAUUCCCCGACUCAACUUGUCCUCUCUGCGUCUCCAAUGGGGUCUCCAUGGUGUCGGCGGCGACUCUCACUUCACCACCUUCCUUCCCGCCGGUAUAACCACAGCAUCUACCUUCAACAAAGGACUGAUGUACUCUCGUGGUGCCAUCAUUGGGAAGGAGGCUCGGAAGAAGGGCAUGGACAUCGUUCUCGGUCCUCUCAUUGAUCCCACUGGUCGAAGUGCCGCUGGCGGACGAAACUGGGAGGGAUUCGGUCCUGAUCCUUACAUGGCUGGUGUCGUUGCAACUGAGUCCGUCACUGGUAUCCAAGAUCAGGGAGUUGUUGCUACUGUGAUGCACUACGUUGGGUACAGCCAGGAGCACUUCCGAAACUUGGAAGAGUGGCAGGCCCACGGUUACAACAACCUCACAUCCUCUGGCUCCUCAUUCAUCGAUGACAGAACAAUGAACGAGGUGUACAUCUGGCCCUUCGCCAACGCUGUCAAGGCUAAUGCCGGUGCUAUCAUGUGUGCCCCUCAAAAGCUCAACAACACCCAGGGCUGCAAGAACUCCUACAUGAUGAAUUACAAGCUCAAAAGAGAGUUGGGAUUCCAAGGGUUCGUCCUCUCCGCGGGUAUGUCUCAGAACGAACCCCCUGCUGCGCUCGCCGGUAUGGAUAUGUCAAUGCCUCGGCUCAAGGCGUCUGAAAACAAGCUGCGUGAAAUGAUGCUCCGAAAUUAUGACAAAGACGGAUUCCCUCAAUCACGCCUAGACGACAUGGCUACACGAGUUCUCACCUCCUACUACUACGUUACACAGCACCGAAACGGCCACCAGUCCUUUGUCGGCGACGAGGAGAAUCUCUCCAACAAGUCAGCCUACGACAACAUCUUAGUUGAUGUUCGUGAUGGUUUUCACUACCGGGUCGCUCUCGAGAUCGCUCUCGAAGGUAUCGUUAUGCUAAAGAAUGAUGAUAGUGCCCUUCCUAUCGAGGGCAUGAGAACCAUUGGAGUGCUGGGAGCCGCUGCCAACCUUGGACCCAGUGGCUCCAAGUGCGACGACAAGUUUGGGUGCCACGAUGGUGCUAUCUUCCAAGGAUGGGGAGACGGUGGCGUCAACCCUCCGUUCGUUGUGACCCCCUACGAGGCUGUGAACGCCCGUGCUGCUCGAGACCGAAUUGUUGUUCGGUCCAACUUCGAUUCUUGGGAUCUCAACCAGGCCGAGGCCGUUGCCAGCAGCACUGAUGCCAAUAUCAUCUUCGUUGCCGCCAACUCCGGCGAGGGUAACCACGUGGUGGAUGAUAACAAGGGCGACAGAAAGAACUUCACCCUCUGGCACAAUGGCGACGAGCUCAUCAAGAAGGCUGUUGAGGUCAACGACCACAACAUUGUCGUUGUCACUGCUGUUGGUCCUGUUGACAUGGAGAAGUGGAUCGAGCACCCGCAUGUCAAGGCAGUUCUGUUCACUGGCCCUGGCGGCGAGGAGGCUGGGGCUGCUCUUGCUCACGUGCUCUUUGGAGAUUUCAACCCCAGUGGUAAGCUUCCCUUUACCAUUGCACGGAACGUCAACCACUACAUCCCCAUUGAGACCGAGGUACCUCGGGAUGGGAUUCCCAAGGCUUACUUUGGUGAGAUGAGCUUGACUGAUUACAAGUGGUUUGAUCAGAACCUCAUCUCUCCUCGAUUCGAGUUUGGUUUCGGCAUGUCCUUCUCUGAGUUCUCAUACUCUGACAUGAAGAUUACCACACAGAGAAACCCCAGUCUCACCCUUGGAGCUCCCCCGGACUACUGGGGUAAAGACGGCAACGCGACUACUGCUAAGGCGUUCCAGCAAGAGUUCAAGGCCGCUUCAGGGGACUUCCAGUUUCCUUCUGGCUAUAAUGAUGACCACAACGACGAUCCUGUCCUGAAUGGUGGCGCUGUGGGUGGUAAUCCCAUGCUCUGGGAUGUCAUGUACCAAGUUGCUGUGAGCGUGACCAACCACGGCCCCUUUGAUGGUGCAGUCGUGUCACAGCUGUAUGUCAGCUUCCCUCAGGAUGACCAGGCUCUCCGGACAGCCCCCAAACAGCUGCGAGGCUUCUCUAAGACUUCUCUUGUUGUUGGCGAGACAGCCAACGUUCUUUUUGAUCUCAUGUGGCGUGAUCUCGCAGUUUGGGAUGUUGUCAAGCAGACCUGGGUGGUACAGCGGGGCGACUAUGAUGUGUUCAUCGGUGGUUCGAGUCGGCAGUUAGAAACCCUUGGUCGCAUCACGAUUGCUUAA